UCUACAGACACAUGUCACCCUCUGACAUGAUAGUGAGGACAACAAGGGGAGUAAACGGAGACGAAUGUCAUAGGAUGAACACUGCUGGUGGGGUGUGUCUGUCUGUGCUGUCCUCUCUCCUGGCCCUGUCUGGGCUCCUGGCUGCCUUGUCUACCCUCGCUCUAGCUCCUCUCUCUGCCCUGGCGGAGGCUGCCUAUGGGGCUGCCCACAGCGUCCCCAGCACCGGGGUGGAGGGGUCCCCCUCGCCCCUCUCUUCACCAUGCUCCAGCCUUGUAGCUGGGGUGCUCUAUGGCUCUUUCUCCCUAAGGGAGCUCUUUCCCUCCAGGGCACCGGGUUGUUCCUGGUCCCUGGAAAACCCUGAUCCCACCAAGUACUCCCUCUACCUCCGCUUCACCCGCCAGCCUGCCAUCUGCCGGACGCACUCCCCUAUGCUUCUCUCUCUUGAUCACCACCUAGCUAAUCAAAGCUGUCCCCUCCCCUUACAGACAGCUGCUGCAAGGGAUCAGGAAGUCAUUGAUCUCUGUGGCAGCCAAUCCAACCCAGAGGGACCAUACUCCUUCCUACAGUUUGAUAAGAACUUUGUUCAGAUCUGUUUAACGAGACAUCCAGCAGAGGAUGAGCCUCAAGUAUCUAAGGAAUUGCUGGAACUGAGACUGGUAGAGGUGUUACUCAUCAACAACGAGAACUCCAGUCAGUUUACCUGCGGCGUGCUCUGUCGAUGGUUUGAGGAGUGUUUACGCACUGGUCACAAUGGAGCCCAGGAGGCUUCUGAUGGAGAUGGUUGUGGGAUGACACAGACGGGAUGUAUCUGCCCAAACCACAACAUCAUGGCACCGCCUAUUCCGUUGAUCCCGGAGACGCCCCACAGUUUCAGAAAUGGCUCUUUCAUUCCUGAUGACUGCUGCGUCACUGAGCUGCAUUCCAAUGAAGCGAUUGCCAUAGCGCCCAGAGAUGUUCGACAAGACCCAUAUAAUGAUGAUGAUCUGAAGGUGAAGACGCAGAGACCUCGAUCAGCUGACCAGCCAGGUGUGUUUCAGGCACAAACUGGUGACCCUGCGGCGGAGGAGUGGUCACAGUGGAGUGUGUGUUCUCUCACAUGUGGGCAAGGCUGGCAAGUGAGGACGCGGUCAUGUGUUUCCUCUCCCUACGGGACACUUUGCAGCGGAGCCCUGCGGGAAACUCGCAUGUGCAACAACACCGCUACCUGUUCGGGGGAGCCGGGGAGCACAGGUUCAGUGCAUGGGCUGUGGGAGGAGUGGUCGUUAUGGAGUCUGUGCUCUGUGACCUGUGGGCGGGGCUCCAGGACGCGAACCAGGAAGUGUGUGAGCGAAGGCAGUGCCGUGGCUUGCGGACGGCCCGAGAUUCAGACCAAACUCUGCAACAUAGCAGUGUGUCCUGUGGCGGGCCAGUGGCUGGAGUGGGGGCUGUGGUCGAGAUGCAGUGUGACGUGUAACACAGGAGCCCAGCAGAGGCAGAGACGCUGCAGUGCAUCGGUGCACGGCUGGGCAGAAUGUAAGGGCCCCCAUCAGGAGAGCAGAGAAUGCACCAACCCUUCCUGCAGUGGUGGAGGUAACUGGGGCAGCUGGAACCACUGGAGUCUCUGCAGCAAGACAUGUGACUCCGGUUGGCAGCGUCGCUUCCGGAUGUGUGAAGGCACCGGACUCCAGGGCUACCCCUGCGAUGGCUCGGGAGAGGAGGUCCGGUCCUGUAAUGAGAAGAAGUGCCCUGCUCCUCAUGAGAUAUGUAAAGAAGAGCACCUUCUCUCAAUGUCAUGGAAGAGAGCCUCCGCUGGAGAAACUGUCUACAACAAGUGUCCAACUAACGCCACUGGAUCUGCUAGUCGUCGUUGCAUGCUGAACAAUAAUGGAGUUGCUUUCUGGGGUCCUCCGAGCUUCGCGAGAUGCGUCUCACUUGAUUAUAGAUAUUUACAUUUAUCUUUACGAGAGCAUCUCGCGAAGGGUCAGAGGACCCUGGCUGGGGAGGGCAUGUCUCAGAUCGUAAGGAAUCUCCUGGAGCUCUUGCAGAGGAGGAGCUACUACAGUGGUGACCUUCUCUUUUCCACGGAGAUCCUGCGAAAUGUGACUGACACCUUCAAAAGAGCAACCUACGUCCCAGCUACCGACGACGUGCAGAAAUUAUUCCAGGUAGUCAGCCUCAUGUUGGACAUGGAAAAUCUAGAGAAAUGGGAGGACGCCCACCAGGUCGCUCCCGGUGCUGCUUUGCUGAUGAGGAUAUUAGAAGAUUUCAUUCACCUCAUCGGAGAAGCCCAGAAGCCUUUUCAGAGUUUUCUGGUGGUGACCAACAACCUCAUGAUAACCGUCCAGCGAGAGCCGGUGUCAGCAGUCUCCAGCGAUAUAAACUUCCCCAUGAAGGGCCGGAGAGGAAUGAAGGACUGGGCCAGAACAACAGAGGACAAGCUCUACAUCCCGAAAGAGGUCUUCACCAUGCCGGCUGAAGAGAUGGAGACAGAGUCAGGGUCUCCAAUGUACUAUGUCAUCGGAGCCAUCUUGUACAGGACGCUGAGUGCCAUUCUACCGGCACCAAACCUCCCUGCAGUGAUCAACUCCAAGAUCCUUACAGUGACGAUACGACCGGAACCGCAACCCAGCAAGCCCAUGGUGGUGGUGGAGCUGUCCCCACUUUUUAAUGGUACAUCAGAUGCACAGUGCGCUGUCUGGGACUACGGCAACCCGGAAGCUGGCGGAGAAAACUGGGGCACAGAAGGCUGCCAAACGCUCGCGUCAACCACUGUCCACACCAAAUGCCUGUGCGGCAGGAUUUCCACCUACGCCGUGUUAGCACAGCAAGCUAAAGACCCGGACAUGGGUCCUACCAGCAUGCCCUCUGUGCCCCUCAUGGUGGGCUGUGGCGUUUCCUGCACCGCUCUUCUCGUCCUGCUGCUAAUCUACGCUGCCUUCUGGAGAUACAUACGUUCGGAGAGAUCCAUAAUCUUGGUGAAUUUUUGCCUCUCCAUCUUGGCCUCCAAUUUAUUGAUUUUGGUGGGACAAUCUCAAACGCUUAGCAAGGGUCUUUGUACUGUGACUGCCGCUUCCCUGCAUUUCUUCUUCUUGGCAUCCUUCUGCUGGGUGCUGACAGAGGCGUGGCAGUCCUAUCUGGCCGUCAUUGGCAAAAUGAGGUCACGACUCAUUCGCAAGCGUUUCCUGUGCCUCGGCUGGGGUCUUCCAGCUCUCGUCGUAGCAGUGUCGGUGGGUUUCACCAGAGCGAGAGGUUACGGCACGGCGAGCUAUUGCUGGUUAUCCUUGGAGGGCGGUCUGCUUUACGCCUUCGUUGGACCUGCUGCUGUCAUUGUAUUGGUCAAUAUGCUCAUUGGAAUUGUGGUGUUUAACAAGCUCAUGUCCCGAGACGGCAUCUCAGACAAGUCUAAAAAGCAACGAGCGGGUGUCCCAGCACGUAGCCGAAUGCUCCUGAAAUGCUCCAAGUGUGGUGUGAUCUCUAGCACCGCUUUGUCCAGCGCAACCGCCAGCAGCGCCAUGGCGUCUCUGUGGAGCUCCUGUGUGGUUCUCCCCCUGUUGGCAUUAACCUGGAUGUCAGCGGUGUUGGCCAUAACCGACCGGCGCUCCACACUCUUCCAGGUCCUCUUUGCCGUCUUUGACACGGUCCAAGGUUUCGUCAUCAUCACUGUCCACUGUGCCAUGCGCCGAGAGGUGCAGGACGCGGUGCGCUGUAGGAUGGGGGGAUGUAAAGACGACAGCGAAAACUCGCCAGACUCUUGCAAGAACGGACAGGUGCAGAUCAUGAAGGGUUCCAAUGUGAGCUACUGUGGGCCGCAGGGUGGCUCUCCGCGUUGCGGCACUUCCCCGUCCCUGUCCGGUUGCCACCCACAGCAGUUCCCCCCGAUGGUCCACCAGGCAUGCCAACAAUCCUGUUACCACAGUCUUCCUCACAACCACGGGCUAGAGCUCAGCCACGUACAUGAGCAUAACCACAUCCUGAACAAUACCCACAACCAUGCUCAUAACCAUAACCACAUCGGCAGACAACCAACGGAUUUUGAAAAGGAUGUGGAUUUAGCGUGUCAAACAGAGAGAGGACACCCAUUCAUAUUCAAAGAGGUGAACACCUGUAACCCGUCUACCAUCACUGGGACCCUUUCCCGCAUCUCUCUGGAUGAGGAGGACGAUCCCAAGCUGGCAGCCCAUCAGGAGGGGGGAGUUGGGGUCAACUUCAGCUCCUUGCCCGGGAACAUCCCCCCUCCCAACCUCAUUGUACAGGUUCCAACCCUCUGCAGCCUCAAUGAGCUGAGCGAGACGCCCCACAAGAAGGAGGUAAACAUAGACCAGCAGAGACAACAGGGGCAGCAACGCAGUGGCGCUCCAAUCUACCUGUGCACCGAGAGUGGCCUGGGCUGGGCUCGACCGCCCACGUCCUCCAACACCUCCCAGGAUGGAAGUGCCGGGAGCGGGGGGAGCGGAGGGGGAGGAGGGAGUGGAGGAGGCGGGGAGGGAGACUACAUGGUCUUACCUCGUAGAACGGUCAGUCUCAAACCUCCAGCGCUCUCCUGCCAAGGAGGAGGCCUGGGACUGGGGUGCGAGGACAAGCCUCUCAACAUCGCAGUGGAGGAUCCUCCUUUCCCCCCGCCUCCCUCACCCUUGACCCUCCACCCAGCUGAAAGUGAGGCGUACCCGGCAGAUUUUGUGCCAUCGAGUGUGUGCGACAUGAACAUCGCCAUGAACCUCAACCGGUCCUACGGGACAAUCAAAACCAUGCCCCACGGGCAUGCCCACAUGAUGGCUCCAGCUGGUCUUGUCCACUCCCACGGAGGACACGUGCACUCCCACGGGCAUUCGCUCCAGCUGAAGCAGGGCCAGAGGCCGUCGGUCAGACAGAUUCUCACAGGGGGAACCACAGUGGAGAGAACCAGGACCCUGCCACGAAACCUGGGCAGCACCAAUGCCAACAGCAGCCACUCAGCAGGAUCCCUGGAGAGGAAAAGAGUACGGUACUCUGAGCUGGACUUUGAGAAAGUGAUGCACACUCGCAAAAGACAUUCUGAACUGUACCAUGAGCUCAACCACUCGUCCAAGUUCCACACCAUAGACAGGUAUAGCAGGGACCCGGCCAUGUCCACGUUCAAGAGGGAAAAGCGCUGGAGCAUUUCGUCUGCCGGAGGUGAAAGGAACUCGUCGAGUGAGAAGUCCACCCCGGAGGACCAGAGCUCGUGGGACAGCUUCAAGACCAUGACCCCCGAGCUGUCCAUCGUGCCCGGGGAGCAGAAGGACCGGAUGGAGCUGCACAAUAAGAACUGGGACUCCUCCUCCGCGAACACGCCUGACUCGUCUGAGGGAGACUUCCAGACUGAAGUGUGAAGACACACACACACACAAACACGCGCGCGGCGCGUACACACACUCACUUGAAUACACACACGCUCAUGCAGAGACAAACAUUUGAAAAGAUAUACAUAAGUACAUGAUUUCUCUCAAAGAUCUCACAACACACGGCGCCCCGUCUCCUGCAAUGUGUCGGAACCCAAACUGUAUUUGUUUACUGACUGAAGUGGACGGACACGGAAAGAAAACUGUUCUAAUCUAUAUUUUCGCAAAGACUAUUGAAAAGAAAGAACAGGGGCUUGACACGUCUGGGACUGAGGAACAUUUUUAAACGAACUUAAGAAAACUAUGAAAAACUUAUUUCUGAGAAAAGAUUUGAUUUUAUUCUGGAGAAAAAACUAAAUCUCUUUCAAUGGUUUGUUUGAUGAUUUGGGGGAGGGGGUGAAGAAGAAAAAGAAUAUUUCAGCACGAUUAAGUUCUUUUUUAGCAAGGGGAGAAAACAAAUCUGGCUGACGGUUCUCACACUGGUAGGCCCCCGAGGCACUCUACUUUCAUUUAUUUCCUUUUCCCUUCUAAUGGAUGAUGGAAGCAUUUCAUCUCUUAUUCUGUCUUUCCUUUUUUAUUCACGUCAUUUUUUAUUUUUACGGAGAGAGGGUAGGGGACAACAGAAGAGCCGCUCAUUGGUAUGUGCCAUCCUCUUUUCUGUUUUCAGGUUCCACUUCAAGAAUCCCAUCCACCCAUUCCUCUUACAUCCUAUGUGUCAACAUUGUAUUCCUCUUUGUGUAUUUAUCUGGUUUCGUUUUUAAAUGUCCUCUUUUAUGGUUGAAAACUUUUAAUGAAAAAAUAAUAUGAAUUGAAACAACUGUUCAAGAAGAAUUGAUUUAUUUUUAAACUAUUAGAUUUCUGCUUCUGCUGCCUUUUUCAUUAUUUUUGUCUUUUCAUUUCCUGUGACAAUUAACCCAUGUGUAACAAACAAAAAAAGAAGGAAAAAAAAGAGUGAGUCAGGACACACACAGCACAUUAAUGUGAGCUUAUUUUGAAGGUGUGCCGCAUGUUAUCCAACCACGAGGGAAAAGAAGGGUAGUGAUCGUUGUGCAGAUUCUCGCAUCUCCUUUUACUACCCCCAGUGCUUGGAGAUAAAAAGCCUUUCAAGAUUGCAGCAUCUGAAUCCAUUUCAGCCACCACUAAUCACAGUAAAAAAAAUAUAUCUGUCAUUUUCAGCCAAAUUAAAUAUGCGCCAGCUCUGUUUAGCAUCUCUCAUUCCGCAAAAAAAAAGGCUUCUGCCGGUUUUGGGGCUAACUUGUUCUUUUCUUAAUAUAUGGAAUAUAGGAAUAGAUGUUUACCUCAGGAUUUUUUUUUCAUGCCAAUAAGUAUGAAAGUUGAUACCAUCAACCGUCAGAUUUUAUUAUUUCCCCAAGAUCUGCUUCGUUUUGCUUCCGUCUCCCACCUCCUUCUCGUUUCGCCGUCUCCUGAUGCCCACCAGUCGGCAUGCUACCAGGAGGCAAGAAAUGGUGAUGUUAGCAGUGAUGCCAGAUGUAUAAUUCCUCCUUCAAAUGUAUCCCUGUUGGUGUGAUUCUAACCUGCAUUUGUGAGCACAGCAGCUGCAGAAAGAGAGACUGAAAUAGAAAGGCAGAGAUGGAGUCACAGAGGUUGAGAGGCUACAAGGUGGCAGACUGUCGAAGAAAACCGAAACAAAAGCCUUCAGUGGUGAAGCGUCCUACUUGACAUUCUAAAUCUGUACUUUGGUCGCUACAAGAGGACAUCCAGUGUCCUGCCGUUGCUACAUUAGCGCAUCGGCCCUCCAUGCACCGGCAGAGAGAAAGUGUCAGAGGGCAGGGUGGAUUCAAUACAUGGCUCCAUAACUUUUCUGUCUAUGUUCAAAGCCUGUUGAUAUAACAUUCUGGAGAAAGAGAUGAGACUAUUUAGGGAGAAGAAAGUGCAAGAAGAAAUGGUAGCCAAGGUAAAAAAUAGUCCCAAAAUAUAAAAGGAGAAAGCUAGAGGCAGGCAGAGAUACAGAUUAAGAAGGCGAGUGCUCAUAACAGUAAUCAUCCAGGGAUGGCUAUUUGUUCUGACAUUUUGGAUUGCAGCCCUCCAACCAUCUGUUUAAAGAUCCCUAAUGUGGUAGUAGUGCAGCACGGCGCAGAUGGUGAGACACGAGUGCAGCCCUCCUAACCUGUCAAGCUAAUCAGCUGAUAGAACCUGCAGCCCGCUUCCCCUCAGAGGAGCAAGAUAGGCUCGGCCCCCCAGGUUGCAGAGCUAAGGUCACACUCACCUGAGGCUCGGGGUCCACAUCUACUGUACGGCGUCCAACCAGGAAGGACAAAUAAAAGCAUGCGGCCUGUCACAGUACAAAGUCUCAGUCAAGGCGUGUUAAUAUAUAGCAGGAGAAUACAUCAGUCUCAGGGGAAAAAGAUUUGACCUUUACACAAAAGUUUUUUUAUUACAUAAAACUGACCAUUAGAGAGAAAGCUCGAGAGGAAUUCUCUACAAAGCCUCGUUCCCAUGGUAACUUAUAUAUAUGGGAUUUUAAAAAAGGAAUAAGAAAGAAAGACAUGUUUGAUUUCAGCGCAGUAUGAGAAUUCUGACUUACCUCUUCCUUUGAGCUUUUCCAUAUGAACUGGAUGACAGGUUUUGGAUUGAAUGAGAUUGAGAUGCUUGACUAAUCACAACUAAGCAUCACCCUACAAUGUAUGUUGCUGUGUUAAACUGGUGUGACGUGAAUGCAGGAGUAUCUUAGCGAGGUCAAUUAUUUUCCUUUGUGUGUUUAAAUCCUGUCAAACUCAACAGCGCAUAACAAAUAUGAUACACAGGCAAGCCAAUUUCCAACUUUGGGUGGAUGCCAGCUCCAAAAUCUACUACCCUCACCUUCACCUCCACCCUUCAAUGCUUAGGUGUUAAUCGACUGCUCCAACCAUCCAAUAUUCCACUCGAUUCAUGACAGAAGACCCCUCCUUUCCCUUUUCUCUCAUUUUUGUUCUUUUUAUACAUAAGAUUGUACAAAGUAGUCCUCUAAUGUUUUCAUAGUGUCUUUUUAUAUGAAAAUAAAUUUUCAAAUUGA